ACAAAGUGACGGAAGUGACGUAGAAUACGCGCAUGCGUGGACCGAUCGGGUGAUACAGCAAGAUGGCGUCUGACGGAGAAGGCCUAAACGCGGGCAUUAUAUUUCUGUAUUCUUACAUAUAUGUUGUUUAAUAGAGUACACACGGUUAAUAAUUGUUUGUAGCAGGAUACAUUAGUCUGAGCGCACUUUGACACUUCUCCUGUUUGAUAGCUUCACUUAAGGUAGCUUGCAGCUAGCUUAGCUGGCUAGUUAGCUUAGCUUGUUAGCUGCUAACAAAGAGACGCGGAAGUUAUUUAAACAUCGCUAAGUAGGGAACUAAUGUGAGUGUAAAGUGUUGUGAUUGUGUGAAAAUGUGCGAAAGAACGAUAGCAAAGUACGAGGAGGAACUUUGUACAACAAAAGAGGAGAAGGAGCGACAACCUCAAGUUGUGUUACACAGAACAGACGUCUGUGAAGAACAACUUCUGCCUGCAAAACAGGAGUGUAGCUUCUGGAUGGUGAAGGAGGAUCCAUCAAAGAGGAAGACCGGGCGCCACAGACCCUCUGGUGUCUCCUUUUCCUCUUUGACACAGACCCUGCCCUGUAAAAAGGAAGAGGAAGACUCACUGACCCCCCACAUUAAAGAUGAAGAGGAGGAACACAGCAUCAGUCAGCCUAAAUGGUUGGAGGAGUUCCCAGUGACUGGUGUCCCUGUGAAGAGUGAAGAUGAUGAGGUCAAAGGUGAAAGUGAGGAGAAGAGCAGCAGCUCAACACAACACAUGACAACAGAAGCUGAUGGAGACCACUGUGGAGGAUCACAAGCAGACAAGCUCUUAGCUCCACUAUCAGAUAGUGAGGACACAACGUCACACUCUCCUGACACUGAUGAUGAAGACUCUAAAGAUGAUAAGACAUGUCACACUGACAACACUCACCUCAAAUGUUCUCACUGUGACAAAACCUUUAAAUACCAUAGUGAUCUGAAUAGACACAUGAGAAGACACACCGGAGAAAAACCUUUUAUCUGUUCAAUAUGUAGUAGAGGUUUUACACGAAGUCAGAGUUUGAAAGUACACGUGACAUCACACACUGGUGAAAAACCUUUUUCCUGUUCAACCUGUGGUAAAGGUUUUACACUUAGUAACAAUUUGAAAGCACACAUGAGAACACACACUGGUGAAAAACCUUUUUCCUGUUCAACCUGUGGUAAAGGUUUUACACUUAGUAACAAUUUGAAAGUACACACGAGAACGCACGCUGACGAAAAACCUUUUUCCUGUUCAAUCUGUGGUAAAAGUUUUAAUCAAAGUCAUUAUUUGAAAGUACACAUGACAACACACACUGGGGAAAAACGUUUUUCCUGUUCAAUCUGUGGUAAAGGUUUUAUGCAUAAUCAAUCUUUGAAAGUACACAUGAGAAGACACACAGGAGAGAAAGUGUUGAGUUGCAGUGUGUGUGGUGAAAGAUUCUCUUAUAAGUACCAGUGUAAGAAACACAAGUGUGCUGGUGAGAAAAGCAGCAUAAAAUGAAACUGCAGGAUUUGAAAUAAACUGUCAAGACUUUAAUUUGGACUUUCUAACAACAUCAGCACAUAUAACAUGUCUGACAUUGUUGUUUGUGUAACAAUGCUGUAACAUGCAUUUAUAUUUAUACACAGUUUUUUUUUCAGUCGAUUACAUGCAUUAAUAUGCAACAUUGUGUACAUAAACUACUACAAUUUUUUUUUUUACUAAAAAGGUCAGUAAAUCCAAAACAUGUGAUACAUUCAAUUAACAUUUAGUGUAUAUACAUUUCAUACUCUACAAUUUCCUUUUAAAAUGUGUCUCUGCAUGUGUAACAUUGUUGUUUGUGUAACAUUAUUUUAGUAUGCUUCUACAUUUAUAGAUUAGAUAUUUUAUGUCGGUGCUUUUUUCAGU